GUUAUUCGUUUCCUUGGGGAUUGAGAAUACUCAAUUCAAUGAAUCAUCACUAACUCCUUUCUCUCUCUCUCUCCUCAUUGAACUUCUCUUUUCUGGUGAGGGUGGUUAAUGUGAUCUUCUUGGGUUUAUAAAUCCCAAUCUUCCUUGUACUUGAUUUGCUCUACUUGAGGGUACUUGAUCUCUCUUGUUGACAAGAUGGGUGAUAAGAAAGGUUUCGAUGAUCUUGAAGGAAUUAAAAAUGAGACUGUUGAUUUGGAAAAAGUUCCAAUUGAGGAAGUGUUUGGGCAGUUGAAGUGCAGCAGAGAAGGCUUAAGUACAGAUGAGGGAGCCAACAGGCUUCAAAUCUUUGGGCCCAACAAACUGGAAGAGAAGAAGGAAAGCAAAUUCCUCAAAUUUCUUGGGUUCAUGUGGAAUCCACUGUCAUGGGUCAUGGAAGCCGCAGCUAUAAUGGCAAUUGCGCUGGCUAAUGGUGGUGGAAAGCCCCCGGAUUGGCCGGACUUUGUUGGUAUCAUUUGCUUGCUCGUAAUCAACUCCACUAUCAGUUUCAUUGAAGAAAACAAUGCCGGAAAUGCUGCAGCAGCUCUCAUGGCUGGUCUUGCUCCCAAAACUAAGGUACUGAGGGAUGGUCGAUGGAGUGAGCAGGAUGCUGCAAUUUUGGUUCCAGGAGACAUUAUCAGUAUCAAAUUGGGAGAUAUUGUCCCUGCUGAUGCUCGUCUUCUUGAGGGCGAUCCGUUGAAGAUUGAUCAAUCUGCCCUAACAGGUGAAUCACUCCCUGUGACCAAGAAUCCUUAUGAUGAAGUUUUCUCUGGUUCAACUUGCAAACAAGGUGAGAUUGAAGCUGUUGUUAUCGCCACCGGCGUUCAUACCUUCUUUGGAAAGGCAGCACAUCUUGUAGACAGCACCAACCAGGUUGGGCACUUCCAAAAAGUCCUCACUGCCAUUGGAAACUUCUGUAUUUGUUCCAUUGCUGUUGGAAUGGUGGUGGAGAUUAUUGUCAUGUACCCAAUUCAAAAGAGGAAGUAUAGGGACGGCAUCGACAAUCUCUUGGUUCUCCUAAUCGGAGGCAUUCCAAUUGCUAUGCCAACCGUUUUAUCGGUCACAAUGGCUAUUGGAUCGCACAGGCUGUCACAACAGGGUGCCAUCACAAAGAGAAUGACUGCCAUUGAGGAGCUGGCUGGUAUGGAUGUCCUCUGCAGUGAUAAAACAGGAACUUUGACGCUGAACAAGUUGACCGUCGACAAAAACUUGAUCGAGGUGUUUGCAAAAGGCAUUGAUAAGGAACAUGUUCUGCUUCUUGCUGCAAGGGCAUCAAGGACUGAAAAUCAGGACGCCAUUGAUGCUGCCAUUGUUGGUACGCUUGCAGAUCCAAAAGAGGCUCGAGCCGGAAUUAGAGAGGUGCAUUUCUUUCCUUUCAAUCCUGUGGACAAGAGGACUGCUUUGACUUAUACUGACGCUGAGGGAAAUUGGCAUAGAGCUAGCAAAGGUGCCCCUGAACAGAUCUUAACCCUUUGCAGUGCCAAGGAGGACCUAAAGAAAAAGGUUCAUGGUAUGAUUGAUAAGUUUGCAGAACGUGGGUUGCGGUCAUUGGCCGUUGCAAGACAGGAAGUUCCUGCAAAAUCGAAAGACAGUCCUGGUGGUCCAUGGCAAUUUGUUGGAUUGCUCUCCCUAUUUGAUCCUCCCAGGCAUGAUAGUGCAGAGACCAUUCGCAGGGCUCUCCAUCUUGGAGUAAAUGUGAAGAUGAUUACCGGUGAUCAACUUGCCAUUGCUAAGGAGACUGGCCGAAGGCUUGGAAUGGGAACAAACAUGUACCCAUCUGCUUCUUUACUUGGUCAACAUAAGGAUGAAUCAAUAGCUGCACUUCCUAUAGAAGAGUUGAUUGAGAAGGCAGAUGGUUUUGCUGGUGUAUUUCCAGAGCACAAAUAUGAAAUAGUGAAGAAGUUGCAGGAGAGGAAGCACAUUUGUGGGAUGACAGGAGAUGGUGUGAAUGAUGCCCCUGCUUUAAAGAAGGCAGAUAUUGGAAUUGCAGUUGCUGAUGCUACUGAUGCUGCAAGAAGUGCUUCUGAUAUAGUGCUCACAGAACCAGGGCUCAGUGUUAUCAUCAGUGCAGUGCUGACCAGUAGAGCUAUUUUCCAAAGGAUGAAAAAUUACACAAUAUAUGCAGUCUCCAUCACUAUACGUAUUGUGUUUGGCUUUAUGCUUAUUGCCUUGAUAUGGAAGUUUGACUUCUCUCCAUUCAUGGUUUUGAUCAUUGCCAUCCUGAAUGAUGGAACUAUUAUGACCAUAUCAAAGGACAGAGUGAAGCCAUCUCCAUUGCCCGAUAGUUGGAAAUUAAGAGAGAUCUUUGCCACUGGCAUUGUUCUCGGAGGCUAUUUGGCGUUGAUGACAGUCAUAUUCUUCUGGAUAAUGAGAGAUACUACCUUCUUCUCAGAUAAAUUUGGUGUUAAACAUCUGAAGGAUAGCCCUAAAGAAAUGAUGGCUGCUGUAUACCUGCAAGUGAGUAUUGUGAGCCAGGCUCUGAUUUUUGUGACUCGAUCUCGUAGCUGGUCCUAUGCUGAACGCCCUGGACUGCUGCUAAUGAGCGCAUUUGUAAUUGCACAGCUGGUGGCAACUAUAAUAGCUGUAUAUGCAAACUGGGGAUUUGCAAAAAUCAAAGGAUUUGGUUGGAAAUGGGCUGGUGUGGUCUGGCUUUACAGUAUUGUCUUCUAUGUGCCACUUGACGUAAUAAAAUUCGCCAUUCGAUACAUCUUAAGUGGGAAGGCUUGGCUUAAUCUGCUAGAGAACAAGACUGCUUUCACCACCAAGAAAGAUUAUGGCAAAGAGGAGAGAGAAGCUCAAUGGGCUCUUGCCCAGAGGACUUUACAUGGUCUUCAACCUCCAGAACCAGCCAAUAUCUUUAAUGAGAAGAACAGCUACAGAGAACUGUCUGAAAUUGCUGAACAGGCAAAGAGGCGAGCCGAGGUUGCAAGGCUUCGAGAACUGCACACGCUCAAAGGGCACGUUGAAUCAGUGGUGAAGCUGAAAGGUCUGGACAUUGAAACCAUUCAACAGCACUAUACAGUUUAAGAAGCUGAAGAAAUUCUACAUGAGAGGGACUGAGCUCAACAAACACCAAGAUCAAGAAGAGAAAGAAGCCCUUACCAGAUAAAACUUUCUGGACAAGGGGAAUAGUCAAGUGCUAAAAUUUCCGUGUAUUUAAUAUUUCCUCUCUUAUGUAUCUCAAGUGCCCCCCAGGAAGGGUUCUUUUAUGUUUUCUCCGUCUUUAGCAUGAAGUAACAUAAUCUAUGACACACUCUUUCCACUUUAAUCUUCUUUUCCUUGCUUUCUUUCAUGCCUUAAUGUGCCUGUUUUGUUCUGUC